AUGGCGCCCCGUGAUGAAGUUGACCAGACGGUCGUCUACCACGACGAUGUCACCCAGGCGAACAAGUUGGGCUUGGCCGUUGACGAGGUUGCGGCCACCCGUAUCUCCGAGGCCGACAUGAUGCGCAAGUCUGCCGAAGCCUUUACCAUGAAGUCCCGGUCUGGUCUUUUGGUCGUCGGCUACAUGUUUGUCAUGGGCUGCAACCAGGCAGGAUACGGCGUCGACUGGGGUGUCAUUGGUGGCAUCAACUCGAACGACCGCUGGCACGACUACUACGGAUUCCCCAACGCCGGCGUCAUCAUCUCGACGAUCAACGCCCUGAUGCAGAUCGGCGGCUUCCUGGGUGCUCCCUUCCUCAGCUGCGCCGACGUCCUUGGCCGUCGUGGCAUCAACUUCCUCGGCAACUUUCUCGUCAUCAUCGCCGCCAUCAUGCAGGCCAUGGCCCCGAACCUGGCCUGCCUCAUGGUCGGCCGACUCGUGCUCGGCUUCGGCACGGCCUUGUGCACGGCACCGCAGUACGUCGCCGAGAUUGCGCCCAUCCACCUUCGCGGCCGCAUCGUCGGCAUCUUCGGCGCCUUCUUCCAGGUCGGCUCCAUGAUGAUGAUUGGCAUCAUGAUGGGCCUUACCAAGUUCGACAGCGACUGGCAGUGGCGCUUGGCCUUCUUCAUCCAGGCCAUCUUCCCCCUCCUUGUCUGCAUCUUCAUCUACAUCCUCUGCCCGGAGUCUCCUCGCUUCCUGUACAUGCGCGGUAAGAAGGACGAGGCCCGCCGCGUCAUCGCGCGUUACAUGACCACAAGCAACGACAUCAACCACGAAAUUGUCGACCUCAUGAUCCUCCAGAUCGAAGAGUCCAUCGAGACGACCAAGGCCGGCUUCCGGGCGACGUGGGACUUCCGCGUCUUCUUCACUCGCCCCGUCUGGUUCCGGACCUUUGUUCUGGCUGUCUAUGCCGUCUUCCAGCAGUGGAAUGGAGGCGGAAUCAUCGGCUACUAUCUCUCCCCGGCGCUCGACACCAUUGGCAUCACAGGACAGCUCGAACAGCUCGGCAUCAACCUCGGCUCCAUUUCCAUCUACUUCGUUUUCACGCUCUUUGGGUCCUACAUCAUUGACUAUUUCCGCCGCCGCACGCUCAUUUUCGCCGGACUGAUCUCCAUCAUCAUUGCGCAGACGGCCGUGACCAUCACGAGUUGGCAGUACAAUCUGACCGAGUCCAAGACGACGGCCAUCCUGACAAUCGUGUGGAUCUACUGCUUCCAGAUCUGCAGCGCCACCUUCAUCGCCACGAUGCACAACCUCUACCCCGUCGAGCUGCUGUCACUGCCGCUACGUGCCAAGGGCAUGGGCGUCUUCGCCAUGUUCCAGGCCAUCGCCGCCGUCAUCCACAACUACGGCAUCGGCAUCGGCAUCGCAAAGAUCGGAUACAAGAUCUGGGCCGUUUACAUCGUCUACAACUUCCUCCAGAUCUUCCUCAGCUACUUUGUCUUCCCCGAGACGAGCAAGCUGAACCUCGAGGAGAUCGACACCAUCUUCGAGACGUCGGGCACCCAGCCCGUCAAGCUGAGCAUAAAGAUCGCCGACGCCAAGGCGGCCAAGAAGAAGCUCGACCACCAGAACGCGACGACGAGCAUUUGA